UUUUUUUUCUUGAUCAAUCGAACUGCAGAAGGAAGAGAUAAACUUUCCCUCUCUUCGAUCGAGCUUUCUCUGUAAGCAACAAUCGAAUCGAAGGCCAUGGCGGGUGAGAACGAACCUGCGAAGCUUCUUUUACCGUAUUUGCAGCGAGCGGAUGAGUUGCAGAAGCACGAACCUCUCGUCGCUUAUUACUGUCGAUUAUUUGCCAUGGAGAAAGGGUUGAGGAUUCCCCAGAGCGAGCGAACCAAGACCACCAAUGCUCUUCUCGUCUCUCUCAUGAAGCAGCUUGAAAAGGAUAAAAAGUCACUGAAGCUGUCCCCUGAAGACAGCUUGCACCUGGAGGGAUUUGCCCUAAAUCUCUUUGCCAAGGCAGACAAGCAAGAUCGUGCAGGGCGAUCAGAUCUGAACACAGCAAAAACAUUUUAUGCUGCAAGCAUUUUCUUUGAAAUUCUAAACCAGUUUGGCCCAGUCCAGCCUGAUCUUGAGCAAAAACAGAAAUAUGCAAUUUGGAAAGCUGCAGAUAUAAGGAAAGCUUUAAAAGAAGGGAGGAAGCCCAACCCAGGCCCGCCUGUGGCUGAUGACGAUCUAUCAGUUUUAUCAAGUACUCCCAGUGGUGAAUAUGAUCUUGGCCCACCUCAAAAUUCAGUUACCAGUUCUAGACCGGAAUCUGAUCUAUCGCCUCAGUUCCAAGAUAGGGUACCACCACAAUUUCAAGAUAAGUUGAACGAUCCACAUUCUGCAAAUAUUCCACGAUCAUCUCAGUUUGAUGACAAGUUGAACAAUGAACAUUCUGCAAGCAUCCCGCCUUCACCUCCUUCUUACCCUAGUGCUGGUUACCCUGCCCAUGAUUUUCAAGCUCCUCCUCCUCCUCCUCCACCACCAAAUAGAUCAGAAAGCUCCAUGUAUUCCCAGCCAUACGACCAUCAACAGUACCCACAAGAACCUCAACAGCAUCUGCCACAUAAUUAUUCAUCUCAUGAAGGUUCUCCUUAUACUUAUCCUAACUUCCAAUCCUAUCCAAGCUUCACAGAAAGCAGUCUCCCAUCAGUUCCAACUCAUUAUCCCUCACACUAUCAAGGCUCUGAUACAUCCUAUUCUCCCCAUUCAGCUCCUCCAACAGCAAGUUACCAACCCAGUGCCCAAGCAACAAGCCACCAAUCAAGCGUCCAAUACUCUUUAAGCAGCAAAAAUGGCACCAUCUCAGAUUCUGCACAAACUUCCAAACAAAGUUACCAAUAUGACAGCAAUUAUCAACCACCACCUGAGAAAAUUGCUGAAGCACAUAAGGCUGCAAGAUUUGCUGUGGGGGCCUUGGCAUUUGAUGAUGUUUCAGUAGCCGUGGACUUCUUACGGAAAUCACUUGAAUUGCUAACAAAUCCAUCAGCUGCCCAGUAAGUUUCUACCUUUGAGUGGAUCGGAUUGUAAUGAUUUAAUAUUUCGGAUCUUUUAUCUUGUAAGGAUUUACUUCUAAAGUCAUUGGACGUCUUCGCCAUAUGAUUAUGAUUGAAUUAAUAUCUUCAAGAAGAUAAUACAAAUGAAGCUUGUUGGUAUCUGCAUUAAAA